AUGCCAACAUAUGAAAUAACMCCCGCCGUCUUCCCCGACGACAAACAAGCCAUCACAGCCCUCUUCACAGCCUACACCGCCGCCCUCGGCAUCGAUCUCACCUUCCAAAACUACCAGACCGAACUCAGUUCCCUACCUGGAAAGUACUCCCCGGAACAAGGCGGCUGUCUCCUCGUGGCUCGCGAUGACGCCAAUAAACUAGUCGGCUGCGUCGCCUAUCGCGCCCUCCCAUCCUCCAACUCAGAUGAUCACAGCGGAGAAGGAUAUUGCGAAAUGAAAAGAUUAUACCUCGCCCCAUCCGCCCGCGGAACAGGUCUCGGCACAAAGCUCAUUGAAGCGAUCAUCGAGCAUGCCAGAGCGUCGGGUCAAUACAAAGGGAUGAGGCUUGAUACGUUGCCGUAUAUGGAGAGUGCGAGGGCGUUGUAUAAGAGGUACGGUUUUAGGGAGGUUGAAAGGUAUUAUGAGACGCCACUGGAGGGGACGAUUUUCAUGGGGUUAGAGUUUUGA